AUGCGCGUGGGGAGCGUGCUCCCAGGUCAGGAGGCUGCAUUCAACGUGACUUUCCGGCGGGCGGAGGGCUACCCCAUCGACCUGUACUACCUCAUGGACCUCUCCUACUCCAUGCUGGACGACCUCAUCAACGUCAAGAAGCUGGGGGGUGACCUGCUGCGCGCGCUGAACGAGAUCACCAAGUCUGGCCGUGUGGGCUUUGGGUCCUUCGUGGAUAAGACGGUGCUGCCGUUUGUCAACACACACCCUGAGAAGCUGAAGAACCCGUGUCCCAACAAGGAGAAGGGGUGCCAGGCCCCGUUUGCCUUCCGGCACGUGCUGAAGCUCACCGACAACUCCAACCAGUUCCAGACGGAGGUUGGGAAGCAGCUGAUUUCUGGAAACCUGGACGCCCCCGAGGGUGGGCUGGAUGCCAUGAUGCAAGUGGCCGCCUGCCCGGAGGAAAUUGGCUGGCGCAAUGUCACGCGGCUGCUGGUGUAUGCCACAGAUGAUGGCUUCCACUUUGCGGGCGACGGGAAGCUGGGCGCCAUCCUGACCCCUAAUGACGGCCGCUGCCACCUGGAGAACAACAUGUACAAAAGAAGCAAUGAAUUCGACUACCCAUCGGUGGGCCAGCUGGCACACAAACUGGCAGAAAACAACAUCCAGCCCAUCUUUGCAGUGACCAAGAGGAUGGUAAAAACCUAUGAGAAACUCACCGAGAUCAUCCCCAAGUCAGCUGUCGGGGAGCUGUCUGAUGACUCCAGCAAUGUGGUACAGCUCAUCAAAAAUGCCUAUAAUAAACUGUCCUCCCGCGUCUUCCUGGACCACAGCCCCCUCCCUGACACCCUGAGGGUCACCUACGACUCCUUCUGCAGUAACGGGGCGUCUCACAUGGGCCAGCCCAGAGGAGACUGCGAUGGCGUGCAGAUCAAUGUCCCGAUCACCUUCCAGGUGAAGGUCACGGCCACCGCCUGCCUGCAGCAGCAGUCGUUUGUCAUCCGGGCCCUGGGCUUCACAGACACGGUGACCGUGCGGGUCCUCCCGCAGUGCCAGUGCCAGUGUCGGGACCAGAAGCAGGACCGCGGGCUCUGCGGGGGCAAGGGCUCGCUGGAGUGCGGCGUCUGCAGGUGUGAUGCUGGCUACAUUGGGAAGAACUGCGAGUGUCAGACACAGGGCAAGAGCAGCCAGGAGCUGGAGGGAAGCUGCCGGAAGGACAACAGCUCCCUGGUGUGCUCGGGGAUGGGGGACUGCGUCUGCGGGCAGUGUAUGUGCCACGCCAGCGACGAACCCAACAAGGAGAUCUUCGGGCGGUAUUGCGAGUGUGACAACGUCAACUGUGAGCGGCACCAAGGCCAGCCCUGCGGCGGCCCGAAGAGGGGUGAGUGUUUCUGCGGCCAGUGCCAAUGCAAGCCGGGAUUCGAGGGCUCUGCCUGCCAGUGUUCGAGGUCCACCGCAGGCUGCCUGAACCCACGCCGGGUGGAAUGCAGCGGCCGCGGCAGGUGCCAGUGCAACACGUGCAAGUGUGACCCUGGCUACCAGCCGCCCCUGUGCGAGGACUGCCCGGGCUGCCCAGCGCCCUGCAGCAACUACACCUCCUGCGUGGAGUGCCUGAAAUUCGCCAAGGGCCCCUACGAGAAGAACUGCAGCGCUGCGUGUGUGAACGUGAGGCUGCAGAACGCCACCAGGAAGGGCAGGUCCUGCAAGGAGCGGGACUCGGACAACUGCUGGAUCUCCUACACCAUGCAGCAGCGGGACGGGAGGGACAGCUACGACAUCUACGUGGAGGACAGCCGAGAGUGCGUGGAGGGCCCCCAAAUCGGCGCCAUUGUAGGGGGCACUGUGGCAGGCAUCGUGUUGAUCGGUGUCCUCCUGCUGGUCAUCUGGAAGGCCCUGACCCACCUGAGUGACCUUCGGGAGUAUAGACGCUUCGAGAAGGAGAAGCUCAAGUCUCAGUGGAACAAUGAUAAUCCCCUUUUCAAGAGCGCCACCACGACAGUCAUGAACCCUAAGUUUGCUGAGGGCUAGAGCACAGUGAAGAUGAGGCUACGGGGCCAGCUUUCCAGGACCCUCAAGCCCCGCCUCCUCCAUCCUGUCACCCCCCAAGCUCCGCCUCCUCCAUCCUGUGACCCCCCAAGCCCCGCCUCCUCCAUCCUGUGACCCCAAUCCCUGCCACCUCCAUCCUGUGACCCCCCCAAGCCCCGCCUCCUCCAUCCUGUGACCCCCCAAGCCCCGCCUCCUCCAUCCUGUGACCC